CACGCUAUCUGUGUGACGUCACAGGGGCGAAGGUUACAGAACAGAAUGGCGGACGGUGGAGAAAGUGCAGAAAUUGUCGUCCUGUCGUCUGAUUCUGAGGAAAAACGCCUCAAAUCCGAGCCGCACGCCAACGGCACCUCCCUUGACGAUGCAACAGUGAAAUCUGAACCUACUGGCGGUGAUGGCGGCGUAAAAGUUGCUUCCAAACUCUCUUUGAAGAGAAAACGAGAGAUUUCGGGCACAUCAAACAAUGGCGAGAACAGCUCUGAAGAUCCCACGUCUGUUUGCGCGCCAAACUCGGACGUUCUCUCUUCAUCGACUGAUCCAGUCGUAAAGGUUAACUCAUCAUCAUCAUCAGAGGUGCAGACGAAGACAGUUGUCGAUACUGCACUUGCUGAAGCUUCCAAGAAGUCAUUUAGUCAAUUUGUUCACCUGUGCUCGACCCUGACAAAAGACAAAGAUGUCCUGAAGUUCCUACAGAAAAGGUUCAACGCCGCAGACCCCAUGUACCUCUCCUCCCAGGCCUUCCUCGAUUUCCUUACCAAACGGACCGAGAAACUAAAAGAAAGUGGGAAGAAAGAAGUCUUUGUCCACAUGAAGGCUGUCAUCGAUGAGCUCAAGGCAAACAAAAAGUCCGAAUCAGGCUCGGAAAAAAGCAAAAGGAAAAACAGAGGGAAAGGUGAUCAGUCGGGCCAAGAUUCCAGUACUGAGUUUUCUGAUACAAGCGAAGGCAGCUCUGCUAAAAGAUUCAAACCUGAUCAAGCAAGUCUGGAUGAAACAAGAAGUAAAGAUGAGAAGGCUGAUCAAAAUGGUCAUGGCAGCGAAAAGAAUGGUCCAGGUAAAAGUGAAGAAGAUACAGAUGUAGACAAAAGUGCUGCACAUCCAGAAGAAUCCAUUGUCUUUGAUGGAGACAAAACCUCCGCAGAAGACAACCCAAACAAUAGCUCAGGUGAGAAAGACACGGAGAUGGGACAAGGUGUGCAAGCCUCCUCGAGCAACGAAGAUCCGGCAGAAUCCGACAGAAAGGCCAAGAAAAGGCAGAAGCAGAUUCGUAGACUGGAAAAACUGCUAGCCAUAGUCUCCAAAGAGAUCAAGCGUCUUGAAGCAAAAGAGGUAUCCCUCGACGACUUAGAUGACGAAGAUUCCACAUACAUCCAGGAAGACCGGUUGAAGAAAAGAUUCAACACCAUCUGGAACAAACUCUGCGAACUCAAAGGAGAAGAAAUGAUCACGGGAAGGGAAGUAGAAAGGACGAUAAAGUUCAAGGGCACCAGGUUUCCAGAAAUCAACCGUAGGAUCAUGAAAUUCCUCAGGCGCAACGACGCUUUCCCAGACUUCCACGACAUCCUAGCAAUCGUCCAAAAGACGAACAGAAAAGAGAACCUCCGUUUACCACCUAGGCACGUACAUGACCUCGCUAAAGAAGCCUUCACGGAAAUCGGCGACAAGUUCCAAAGAAGAAGGCAAAGGGACCUCGUACAAAACUUUGGCUCUUACCUGACUGAUAGCUUUGAUCCGAAAGAAGAUCCCGCUAAAGAGGACGCAGAGCUGCAGCAAAAGUUGCGAGACAACAAGAUGCACGGGAAACGGAGGCUAGACGAGGUGUUGGAAAAAUACACCAGAAAGCAGUACGAGAUGCACCUGGACGGGGAGACCGCGCAGGGUAGCGACACCGAAGAUCCUCCGGUCCGCGGCGAGGCUGACGUAGAAACGGAGGAAGAUUUAGACGAGGACGAAAUGGAAGACGAAGAGCAGCUCGAAAACAGUCAGGUAAUUGAGAAAGUUUUAGAGAAGGCCGAUGAUUCUGAGGAGGAGGAAUCUAUGAGAGAGAUAACGGUUGUGAAACCCCGUAAAGCUCGGAAACGCUUCCUCCCAGCUUUCCCCGACAGUGACGAAGGGGUUGAAGAAGAUGGACCGGUAAAGAUGGCCGGGAUAGAGGGAGGGUCUCCCGUCACUUUCCACCAUGGAAGCUGCAGCGGGGACUUGCUGGGAGAAACCAGUGGUAUAGGGAAAAUAGAAAAAGAAGAAGAAGAAGAGAAAGCCACAACAACAGAUGAACCACUACAGUUGGGAGUCACAGAAGACACAACCACAAAAGAACUAAUAGAAAUGAACCAAACAGAAGAAUCAUCAACUGACGCGGUAGCAGAAACAGAAGAAAGUGUACACAUUGUGGAAAAUGAUUCAACAGAAACAGUAGACUUCACAACAAAUGAUCAUACAGAAAGAAGGGGAAGUGGCGACAUCACAACAACAACAACAACAACAAUGUUAACUGACACAAUAGAAAUCCUCAGUUCGGCCGAAUCUGACGUCACAGAUGAUUCAGCCGACUGGAACAACGACAAAAAUGAAGCAGCGUGUAGAAACGGUCGCACACCAGACAGGCACCCCCUGUCGAGAUUUUCCAUCGACUCGUCCUUAGAAAAUGGAAGCAGUCAAGAUUCGGACUGCAUCGCCAUAGAAACUGUUGAUCUGGAACACGGUCUGUGUUCUUCACAAAACGUUGAUAGUCCAGAAAACAACAGGAGCUCCGCCGAACUCGCAUCACACAGCAAAACUCCGGCACAACGUGUCACAGUGGAUCCUCUGAGGUUACAAGACUUAAGAAUCAAGGUGUCCUCCAUACUAUCAGGUGGCAAAAGUCGUUUGGGUUCUAGCAUCAGAUCAGAACCCGCUGAAUCCUCUUCUAGUUAUACUCGUCGUGCUCUUGACUCUCCUUCCCAGGUAUCAGAUUCUAGUCUGGCAGCUCUUUCCCAGGACACCGUGAGCAGUACGACAAGCGGGCUUCCAGCGGAAAGCGUAGAAAGACCAAACUCUCCGGACAUCAUUGUCCUUUCCGACUCAGACUAACACAUUGGUGACUUAUACAUGUACAGUCUCAUGCAGGUUGAUAGGGAUAUACAUGCAUCUUUUAACUCAAGUCAUAAAUAUUAACUAUAAUACAUAAGCUUACUUUUUUUACACUACUCAGACCUUGUUGCUCUUAAAAAAAAAAGAAUGUAGAAUCUCACAGAAAAGGAAAAUUUUUGGAAAAGCAUAAUCUCAAUGCAUUUUUAUGCAGAUUUGAUACUUGUCCAUGUACCCUUAAUCGAAUGAAUGACAUCCAUAUUGUGGAUAAAUAUCUGCGUAAGGUUGUUGCAUUAUUUUUGACUUCACAGUUGCAAUCAUUUGUAGAGCAAGUUUGUGGCCAUUAGAUGCUUGAAUAAAGUUGCUAGCAUGACAAAAUUCAAGUCUACAUCACAUUUUGCUCAGCUUUUUGGUGAUUACAAUAAAUUCUAUGUAUGACAGUCUUACUAAUUUCACCACUGACCAAGAACCAUUGAUAUGUUGUUUUAGACUGGGAAAAAACUACUUUUCAAUAUUGAUAUUCUAAAAACCUUACAAUUAACACAAGGAGGAUAUAAUACAUGUAUUUUGUAUCAAUUUAAAUUUUCAACAAUGUAGUUUUUCAUAACAGGAGGUUGAGGAACUACUAAAGAUUUGUGUGUGCCAGUAUCUGUUGUAGUGAAGUUAUACAUUUUGAAGCAAGUGAAUUCUAAAAAGGGGAGAUUCUGUGAUAAACGAUACAAGUUAACAUUCAAUUACACAAUACAGCCUUAGGAAAAGGAUUAGAUGACACGGAUAUAUAUAUUGGGGCCUGCCAAUCCAGGGAAAAUUCUGUAUAUUGUUGAUGUACAAUUGUUAGUCACAAUGUAAAUACUGUAUGACUCAGUACGCUACUGCCUACAUGUAUUGUGGUUUCUUUUUCUGGGGCAAUGCAAUAGUUCUUGGUUCCGUAGCAAAGGAUCUUGGUUCCUUCAAAUGCUGCAAAUUACAGUGCCAAAUGCUUCAUUGGGUCAUAAGAUUUUGUUAACCAUCUCGCAUUUUUUCCUUUGGGUUUUGGUACAAAUAUUUCUUCACUGCUCAUUCUUUUUUUUUGGCAAGUCUUCGAAGAAAUGCUUUGUGCUAUUAGUUUUGGUAAGCUACAAUAAGCACUAUACAAGUGUAUGUAUAUUUCUCAGCAUAGUAAUAAUUGUUACGUACAUUGUGUAUAUAAAGUUCUGCUGCAAACUGUAUUAAGGCAGUAUAACAUUCAUAUUUUUUGCUGAACAUUGUAUUGUAUUAAUUAUUCAUGUUGGUUUUAUUU